AUGACCACCAACCUCGAUGUGAUAAAUUCGGUGCCACGUGUGGCAACGCUCAUUUACCAGACUCACCAGCUAUGGCAAGAAUUUCGAGGCGUCCCGGAUGGGAUUUCAGGGCUUGUAGAGCACCUGAAAGCCCUUGAACCAAUCUUUGCAGAGAUUGAGGACCACUUCAGUCAGGACGAUGCCUCUGCAUCGUUCAAAAACUGCCUUGACUUGUCAAAGAACGCACGCGAUUCAUUGGGCACAUUGGUGGCUGACAUGCGAACACAAUUACAAGCAAAGAGGAGCAUAAAGCGCAAGUACGCUACUGUUAAGGUUAUGCUCAAUAAAGCUGUGUUGGAGAGGCUUGAACAGACCUUGUCUCGGUGCAUGAAUUUUUUGCAGUUGGCAAUACAGGCGUACCAGAUGGCAAUGCUUCGGAAACUAAGCUCUCAAGCUCCCGCAGCACGGAUCCAGCCACAACGUCAUGCGGAUGUUGAAUCUUUUCCACCUCUCACACAAUCACCACCAAAGAAUCAACAACCGCCAAAGAAAAUGCCUCAAACGCGAUCCGAAUUAAUUGAAUUCAUCCCAGCAAUUGCAAAUGCGGUAAAGAGAUCAGAAGAUACACAGUCAUUCCAUUUUACUCUGUCACAAUAUGUGCGAUUUGCCUUGACUUACUCAAAAACUACUGGUGCUUGGCAAGCAGAGGUAAAAGUACCAGAUUGGCUGUCAAGAUCAGUAUAUGAAUUCAUGUCUGCGCCGGCUAUUGCGGGCUGGACGUAUAGUUAUCGUGUAUACAAUGUAAUACCCGAUGACUCGGAAAUCAUUAUGAAAAUCCAUGACGGAGACGUGGUUGGCGUCCGACAGAUGUUUACUAGUAGGAAGGCAUCUCCGUUCGAUAAAAUCCGGGGAAAAGAAUCGCUCUUAUCCUACGCAACAUCAAAACGCCAGUAUGAGAUAUGUCAGCUAUUGCUAAAAAUGGGCCUUCAACCAUUGCUAGAUAGCGGAGGUGGCUAUAACACACCUAUUGGAUUCAUAGCAGGCGAUAUAGUAAGCAUGACUGUCGGAAAGAUGACUUGGCCUGCCAGCAAAGAUCCAAAAAGGAUAGCGAACCUAUUUGCAUCAUAUCUUCAAGAGCCUGACUCCUUGCCCGCUUAUCGACUCUUGGACUUCAUACAGGAUUUCGCGUCCGAUGACAUGAUGCUCUCUAAUUUUCGAAAUCUAUUCAUGCCCAACUACUAUUUGCGUUGGCUAGGAGAUCGGCUUGAAGCUGUACGACUGGGAGCGUUCAAUGUAUUGAACGUGGAAACCUUUGUUGGCCUUUUUUCGAAAGAUGGAACGAUUUCAAAAGACGACGUAAGCCAAUCGAGUGGUGAGAAACUCUCUCUCGUGCAUUCAGCAGCUGUGGCAUUUGGCUGCCGAUAUCCUGAGAAGCUGGUCACUUAUCAAAAAGUAUUCCCCUGGCUACAUGCAUACACCGAAUGUUGGGAUGACGCUGUGAUCAAAAUAGCCUCGGUAGCUACUCUUGAAGAUCUCACGAGCAUAGAGACCGUCGUUCCAUGGGAUAAGUAUGAAGUUACCGCAUGGGAAGGAACUCCUCUGAUGUCACUCAUUGGAGGAGCAUUAUGCUAUCUCUGUCCGAAAAUAAGCUAUAAUCAUUGGGAUAGGCUAUUUCACGGCUGCCUUCUCAAAUGGCUUACAUUACUCCAAUCAGCUGGAGUCGACUUACUCGAAUAUGGGCGGCGAGAAGUAUCGAUUCUGCGUCACCCCGAAAAGAAUAUCAAGGGCGCCUUCGACGCUGAUGCAAUUGAAGCUUCAAGGGGAAUUGUGCGACACGCUAUGACGGCGGGCACCCCAAGACCAAAGCUGCACCAUAUGGGCUACAGAAGGCGAGGCCACAAAAAGUUUAAUCUCAAGGGACAAUACACCGUUGUUGACAGAUCAGGCGAGCCGUAUUGGAUACCUUUUCGUAUAAUAGAUCUUGAGGUGGGCCCAAAUCCAAGCGACUGGAGAUUGAAAUGGGCUCCGGAAUUUGAGUAUACGGCAUCUCAAUUUUGGAGGCUUAUAGAACACCAAGAGACAACUAUGCCUGGGGCUUGGGUGGAUUGAUGAGCGCUGGGAGCCUUAUCAGCGAGGAGUACAGCGUAAUGCAAUUACACGUUUGCUCUUUGUCAAGAUAUGAGACGAAACAGCAAGCAAAUGCAGAUUUCACAGUUUCAC